ACCACCACUCCCCCCCAUUACUCUCUCUCUCUUCUCGUCUUAACAACACCUCACCACCCUCUCUCUCUCUCUCCCCUCUCCUCCCCCUCUCUCUUCUCCCUUUUGCGUGUCUGAAAUCGUCAACUCACCGUCAAAUGUAGAAAAACCCAGCUCCCCAAUUAAAACUCUACACACGUUCAGGUUUUUAUUUCGGAGUACUGAUUUGGGAGAUGAACAAAGAACGGCCGCCUGAGCCUCUUGAUUUCUUCAUCUGGACCGUCGAGGAUGUUGGCUUAUGGCUGGAGCAGAUAAAUCUGGGUAGUUACCGCCAAAUUUUCAGAGAAAAUGGUGUCAAUGGUGAAUACUUGGAGGGCAUGUCCAUGUUCACAACGGAACAGAUACUCCGGUUUAUAAGACGGUGUCACAUGAAAUGGGGAGACUUUAUCACCCUCUGCAAGGAAUUGAGGCGUAUUAAAGUGGCUUGCUUGAAAGGGGAUCAAAAAGUCCGCCGGCCAUGGUGGGCUCCACCUUGCUUAUCAGUAGUAUUUGUCAAGGCAGCGAAGCGCAACAGGCAUGCACGAGUUGUUUCGUUGAAGCUGGAACCUUGAUGAACUUCUGCUUAUACGUAUGCAUGUAUGUAUGUUGUAGUUUCUGUUGUAUUUUUCCCUCUUCCAGCGGGGAACAUAAAAAUAGGAAAGGGUACUUGUCUGUACUAUUAAAUCUAGCAAGGCGUUUGCUGUUGGUUCUCCGUUGGAGUGCAUUCUUUAACCACGCAAAUCCUUCGAUAUGUUUAUUUUUGUUGGUUUUUUUUAUAUAGUUCGGGCUUCUGCCAUAAUAUCUGUGGAAAAGAAUGUAAGGGAAGAAGAUUGGCAACGAAAUCAGAAUAGCGUUCUGUCAUUUGUGAAGAAUUCGAUCUUUUCUCUUUGCGUA